UCCUGGGGGAUGGGGGGCGCAGCCCUCCUGCUCCUGCUCGCGGUGGCCGCGGCCCCGAGGGAGACCCGGGUGGGCCCCCACUCCAUGAGGAUUUUCUACACCGCGAUGUCCCGGCCCGGCCUCGGGGAGCCCCGCUUCAUCUCGGUGGCCUACGUGGACGACAUGCUGUUCAACCGCUUCGACAGCGACUCCCCUGGCCAGAGCUUGGAGCCGCGGGCGCCCUGGGCGGAGCAGGUGGAGCAGGAGGAGCAGGAGGAGUGGGACAGGAGGACGCGGAGCCUAAGGUACUACACACUGUGGUACCGCGCGCAGCUGGACGCCCUGCGCGGCCUCUACAACCAGAGCGAGACCGACUCUCACACCCUCCAGAGGAUGUCUGGCUGCGACCAGGGGCCCAACGGGCGCCUCCUCCGUGCAUACAGUCAGUUCGCCUAUGAUGGCACGGAUUACCUGGCCCUGAACGGGGACCUGCGCUCCUGGACCGCGGUGGACACGGUCGCUCACAUCACCCGGCGCAAGUGGGAGGCCCAGGGUGAGGCAGAGAGAUUCAGGAACUUUGUGGAGGGCAGGUGCUUGAGGUGGCUGCGCAGAUUCCUGGAGUACGGGAAGGAGACUCUGCAGCGCACGGAUCCCCCAAAGACACGCAUGACCCGCCACCCCACUUCUGAGUAUGAGGUCACCCUGAGGUGCUGGGCCCUGGACUUCUACCCUGCGGACAUCACCCUGACCUGGCAGCGAGAUGGGGAGGACCUGACCCAGGAGAUGGAGCUGGUGGAGACCAGGCCUGGGGGAGAUGGAACCUUCCAGAAGUGGGUGGCUGUGGUGGUGCCUUCUGGAGAGGAGCAGAGAUACACGUGCCACGUGCAGCAUGAAAGUCUGCUGGAGCCCCAAGUCCUGAGAUGGGUGCCCCUUCCUCAGUCCUCUAGCCCCACUGGGGGCAUCAUUGCUGGCCUGGUUCUCCUUGGAGCUGUGCUCACUGGAGCUGCGGUGGCUGCAGCUGUGAUGUGGAGGAAGAAGCACUCAGGAGGACAAGGAGGAAGCUACACUCAGGCCGCAGAAAGGCAGCGACAGUGCCUAGGGCUCUGAUGUGUCUCUCAGCCCCUAAGGAUCUUUUACAACAAACCUGAUGAGGCUCCUGUUGUGCACACCCUGGAUGGCAGUGUGAUGGUGUCACUGUUGUUUUUACCUGUGAUAUUGAGCAUUUGUUCAUAUUUUUAUUUUUCUAUGUCUACAUAAGUUGCUAUGUCUACAAAUAAUAAUAAAUAAAAUAUAAUAAAUAAAAAGAUUUAUUCAUGCAUACAAGAACUGGGGUAAAGGUCACAUGCACAGGAGGUGAUAAGAUUCACCAGAGACAAAGUGGGGAACAGAACAGGCAGGCUGAUGAAAUACACUGCUGAGGGGAGCAGCGGGUGAGACAGGAGAGGUCUGCCGCACCAUGUGGGAUUCUCGCCCCCCGGCCGGGAUCGA